AUGUACCUCUCGACGUCUUUCGUCCUCCUCCUGUCAUCAUUACCCUCAAGUCUCGCCGCGACCGAAUCGAUACCCCCUCCGAAGCCAUGUACCAUCUACUCCCCUUCAACCGGCUCAUUCUUCGACCUUCGCCCUCUACAAUUGACCCUCGAGGGCACGAAGUACCAGGCCGCCAGUAACGAGUCGUACCACUCCAAAGGAUUUGACUAUCCCGCAAAUUUCACCAUGAAUUUCUGUGGCCCAGUCGUGGAGAAGUUGGGAGAUGUCGAGGGAAUUCCUACUAGCAAACUGAGAAACAUCUCGGCCUACUACAAGGACUCCCGCGGGGACAUUUACAGCAUUGGCCAGCAAAACGACCAGCCUCUCUUUCGGGGCAAGAAGCUCGUCCUCAAUUACACCAUGGGCUCGCCCUGUCCCGACCUCGACGAGGAUGGUCACCCGAUCGACUCGGACCUAGUUGCAAACAAAGUCAACAAGCGACGGAAAUCGACCCUCCUGUCCUUCAUCUGCGACACAUCCCCCCUUCUCUCCACCCGUCCGGCUGUCGCCUUCCUUGGUUCUCCCGACCACUGUACCUACGUCUUUGAAGUCCGCUCUCGCUAUGCUUGCGGUGGCACGACGCAGUCCGGAGAAAAGGGAACACUGGGACCUGGCGCAGUCUUUGGUCUGAUCGCGGGCAUUGCUCUACUAGUCUAUCUCAUUGGGGGGAUCGUCUAUCAGCGAAAUGUACUGCAUCAGAGGGGUUGGAGGCAAUUGCCAAACCAUGCAAUGUGGGCGAGUAUCUUUGGCUUCUUCUCGGAUAUGUUUGUUAUCCUGUUCUCCUCAUGCACCCAAAGGAUGCCUGGGGGACUCACCCAACUAUUCGCCGGUCGACGAGGCUACCACCGCGUGGGCGUCGAUGAACGGGGACACGGACGAGGCCGCACCGCAGACGACGAAAAUAGGUUGAUUGACCAGCUCGACGAAGAGUGGGAAGAUUGA